GGGGGGUUCCGGAGUUUCCCUUCCGCAAGUGACCUGGUAGGGCCCCAUGGCCGCAGCGUGACGCGGGUACCGGCGCGCGAGCGAGUGAGCUAGGACGACCCAGCGUGGAUUGCGCCAAGUAGAGCAAGGAGUACCGGGGAGCGUGUGGCGGCGGCCGACCCCCGCGGGCGUGAUCCUGUCCUGGCCGCAGCAUGCCUCAUAAAAAGAAGAAGCCCUUUAUAGACAAAAAGAAAGCUGUAUCUUUCCACCUAGUACACCGAAGCCAGAGGGAUCCCUUAGCAGCAGAUGAUACUGCGCCACAGAGAGUUCUAUUGCCUACACAGACAAGAGAAGAUGAGGAGAGGAGAGCUGAACAGAGGAAGUAUGGAGUCUUCUUUGAUGAUGACUAUGACUACCUGCAGCACCUGAAGGAACCAUCUGGGCCCUCUGAGCUGAUUCCCUCGUGCUCUCAGAGUGACGUACAAGAACAAACAUUAUGGAUUCCAACCCGUGGAAUUAAGUUGCCGUCAUCAGUAUUUGCAUCAGAGUUUGAAGAAGAUGUAGGACUGUUAAAUAAAGCAGCUCCUGUAUCAGGUCCUCGAUUGGAUUUUGACCCUGACAUUGUUGCAGCUCUGGAUGAUGAUUUUGACUUUGAUAAUCCAGAUAAUCUGCUUGAAGAUGAUUUCAUUUUACAGGCCAGUGAGCCAGCUGGAGAAGAUGAACAGAUUGACAUGGAUUUUAGAAGAUAUGAAAUUGAAGGUGACAGUGAUGGGAAAUAUGUGGAUGAUAUGGAAAAUGGCAGUGAUGAAGACGAUUAUGACUCUGAAGGUCUUUUAUCAGAUGAAGAGUUAGGAGAAACUCAAAGGCACUUGUUUUUGGAAGAAGAAACUAAGAGUCGCUUCACAGAUUAUUCUAUGACUUCCUCUGUCAUGAGGAGAAAUGAACAAUUGACCUUGCUAGAUGAAAGGUUUGAGAAGUUCUUUGAGCAGUUUGAUGAUGAUGAGAUUGGAGCAUUGGAUAAUGCAGAAUUGGAAGGUUUUAUUCAUGCAGAUAGCAACCGGUUACAAGAGGUUCUGAAUGACUACUACAAAGAGAAAGCAAAGAACUGUAUCAAAUUGGAUACUCUUGAACCGCUUGAAGAUGAGAGCUUACUUAUUAAUGAAAAGGAUGAGGAUGAAGAAGAAGAAAUUGUUACUGUAGUUAUUGAAGAGCCCAAAGAGAAAUGGGAUUGUGAAUCUAUUUGUAGUACAUAUUCAAAUUUAUACAACCAUCCUCAGCUUAUCAAGUGCCCACCAAAGCCCAAACACAUGCAGCUCUCCUCUAAAACAGGGAUACCUCUGAACGUCUUGCCACAGAAAGGACCUACCGCAAAACAAAUCGAACGACGGCAGAUGAUUAAUGAUAGUGAUCUUCCUAGAGUAUCAGUCCAGCCACGCUGUAAAAAUGAAACCAAAGAAGACAGAAAAGCGAGAAAACAAGCUAUAAAAGAAGAGCGUAAGGAACGCAGAGUGGAGAAGAAAGCAAACAGAUUAGCCUUCAAAUUGGAGAAAAGAAGACAAGAAAGAGAGCUGCUCAACUUAAAGCAGAAUGUUGCGGGUCUGAAGCUCUGAUAAUGGAACAUUGAGACUGGCCUUUUAUGGACUCGGCUGAGUAUUCCUUUUUGGACUGAAAUGUGGGAAAAGACAAAUGACUCUCCUGCCAGUUACAGAAGGAUGUACAAGGAAAAGAGGGUGUUUGGAUUGUUUCAUACCAGCACUUUUUUGAAUGAACAUUUUUUUGCAAAUAUUAAGUCAGAUUGCUUUGAUGUGCAGAUUUUUAUUUCCCAUACAGCAAAUAACUUCAUGAGUAUGUAGUAUUUAUAGGUAUCUUUUCUAAUAACAUUUGAUUAAAUAAACUAAAUUAAAUGGCA